UGGACCUGAAGUCCAGAUCAACUGUUUGUGUGUCAGAGGGAUCAGUCAUGGGACUGCUGCUGCCAAUCCUUCUCGCGGUUUUCACGGCACUUGUGGGAGGCUUGUACCUUCUUGGGGUUUUCCGCCAGCGCAGACCAGGAGAGCCCCCGUUGGAUAAGGGGCUCAUCCCUUGGCUGGGCCAUGUUUUGGAGUUCCGCAGGGACACGCUGCAGUUCCUGGAGAGGAUGCAGAAAAAGCACGGCGAUGUGUUCACUAUCCAGCUGGGCGGCUUCUAUUUCACCUUCCUCCAGGACCCCUGGUCCUUUGGGCCCAUGGUAAAGGAGAGCCGAGAAAAACUGGACUUCAAUAAGUUUGCCAAGUUUCUGGUCCGCAGGGUUUUCAGCUACUGGUCUGCAGAGAGCGAGCAUCACAUUCUCCAGCAGACCAGCAACAAGCACCUGAAGGGGGAUGGUCUAGAGGUCCUGACACAGUCCAUGAUGGGCAAUCUACAGAACCUGAUGCUACACAACAUCGACGGGCCUGCUGAGGGGGUGGAUAAGGCCUGGAUAGAAGAUGGACUCUUCAUGUACUGCUACAACAUCGUCUUCAGGGCUGGCUACUUGUCCUUGUUCGGAAACGUGUCCCCCAAGUCUAAAGGCGACGAGAAGAUUGCCAAAGAGAAAGACAGAGUGGAUUCUGAAGUUUUGUUUCAUGAGUUUCGUAAAUAUGACGUUCUCUUCCCGAACUUGGCGUACGGGGUCCUGCCUCCGAAGAAGAGAAUAGAAGUCCAGAAGCUGUUGGAGUACUUCUGGGAUGUCGUGUCGGUGUGCAAGGUCAAAACCAGAGACAACGUCAGUGGCUGGGUGUGGGACAUGCAGCAGAUCCGUGGGGAGAUGGGCAUGGAUGAGUCUAUGAUCAGCAGGUAUAUGUUUCUCCUGCUUUGGGCCUCGCAGGGCAACACGGGCCCGUCCUCUUUCUGGCUGCUCCUCAACCUCAUGAAGCACCAGGACGCCAUGGCGGCCGUCAAGGAGGAGGUGGAUCGGAUAGUGCGGGAAUCCGGUCAGAAAGUCGAACGUGACGGGCCCUUGCUGGACCUGACGCGGGACAUGCUAAUGAAGACCACGGUCCUGGACAGUGCUAUAGAGGAGACCCUGCGUCUCACCACCGCACCUCUCCUCACCAGGGCCGUGCUCCAGGACAUGACGCUAAAUCUGGCUGACGGCCGGCAGUACCAUAUCCGCAAGGGAGACAGGCUGGCGGUCUUCCCUUACUGUUGCGUCCACAUGGACCCGGGACUCCACCCGGACCCCAAGUCCUUCAAAUACGACCGCUUCCUUAAUCCGGACAGGAGCAAGAAGACAGACUUUUACAAAGACGGCAAGAAGGUGAAGUACGUCAGUAUGCCCUGGGGCGCCGGGGUGUCCAUCUGUCCGGGUCGCUUCUUCGCCACCAACGAGCUCAAACAGUUUGUAUUCCUCAUGCUGGUCUACUUUGAGUUUGAGCUGCUGGAUCCUGAGGAGGCGAUCCCGGGAAUCGACACCAAGCGAUUGGGGUUUGGAUCAAUGCACCCUGUCAGUGAUGUUCGAUUUCGCUACAGACUCAGAUUUUAAAACCACCAUCGAGUGCCCUAGAUCAGCUCUCUAUUUGCACACUUUGUUUAUCCACCUUUAUGUUUUAUAACUGCAUGUAAAGAAAUCCAGUAAUUUUACUAUGAAGAAUCUCACACUAUUUUGCCACAGAUCCUUCUGCAGCAGCUGUAAUGAUUGUCUUGAACGCCAUGUUUUGUGAUGAGAAACACAUGUGAAAAUGACGCGUGACUCGCACAAUGUGGGACCGAUUGACACUUGGCAAGUUGGCAGUAUAUUUUUGUUCAAGUUGGAAGUACUCGCUGAGAAUGUAUUUGAAACCAAGUCCUUAAUACACUUUACUAUGUUCAAACAAUGCUUGCUUUUAAUAAAUCCUGACAAUUGUGUAAACAGGAAAGGAUCUUUUUUUAACUUGUACAUGAACAAAUUAAAGCAUUGGCUCUCAAACUCUGGCACAGGUAUCACUUGGGGUAUGUGGUCUUUCUGUAAGUAAGAUUUAUUUUUUAUUAGAAAAACUAUUUUGACACAUACAGUGCCAGUCAAUUUAUUUGAAUAAGAAGUUGUGACUCGGACUGUGCAUAUCAGAAUCAAAAUUAGAUUUAGUUUUGAAAUACAUGUAUAAAUAAACAUGCAUUAACCAAAGAUCGGCUGAACUUUAAUUCAAGGUAGCAACAAAUGGUAGUACUUGCAAAGCGAUAUAUUUUUGAAGAGGUAUUUGGUGUAACACGCUUGAUCAGGCAUAAUUUGUGGUUAAGUGUAUGUAUCUCUUGAUGUUCCUGCCAAAGAAAAUAUUUAAAAAGUGUGUUGUGUUGCUUUAGGACAAUGAGAAAAAGGAAUCCAAAUCCCGUGCAAUGUAAGUACGGAAGUUGAAUGUCAUCACAUGCACAGUUCAGAGUUUUACGUUUCUGGGUUGUAAUUUGUUUUUUUCAAAUAAAACAUGAUCUUUC